AUGCCAACUAUCGCCUGUGAUAAGGAAGAGCUAUAUAAAGCAUUGGGAAAAACUUACACUACGCAGGAAUUUGAUGAAUUAUGCUUUAAGUAUGGUAUUGAGCUUGACGAGGAUACUACAAAUGAUCCCGAAAGAGAUCCUUCAGAGCGACCUGCUUUGAAGAUCGAGAUUGCUGCUAAUCGCUAUGAUAUGCUUUGUAUGGAGGGCAUUGCUCAAGCUCUGAAUGUCUUUAACCGCCGUAUGGAUCCUCCCCAAUACAAGUUCCUGCCUGCUACUACUUCUCUUAAAAUUUCACCUGAAACUGCUGAUGUUCGUCCUUAUUGUGCCGCGGCCAUCUUGCGGGGUGUGAAAUUUGAUCCUAUUAGAUAUCAGAGUUUCAUUGCUCUUCAAGACAAGCUACACUCCAACUUGUGCCGUCAAAGAAGUUUGGUAGCCAUUGGCACUCAUGAUUUUUCCAAGAUUGAGGGCCCUUUCACCUAUGAGGCCUUGAAGCCGGAAGAAAUUAAUUUCGUUCCCCUUGGCCAAACCCGUAACAUCAACGGAACGGAGCUCUUGGAAUUUUACAAGGACAGCAAGCAUCUCGGCCGCUACUUGCACUUGGUUGCUGACUCUCCCAGAUACCCCGUCAUUUUGGAUGCCAAGCGUCGUGUCUGCUCCCUUCCUCCCAUUAUCAACAGUGAUUUUAGCAAGAUCAGUGUUGACACCAAUGAUGUAUUUAUUGAAUGCACCGCUACCGAUAAGACCAAGCUUGACAUCGUCAUGAACAUGAUGACUGUUAUGUUUACUUGCUAUUGCGAUGAACCCUUCACCAUUGAACCUGUCGAGGUUGUAUCUGAGCAUAACAAGUGCUCCCGCAUGACUCCUAACCUAACACCUGUCCGUUUUGAAGCCGAAACCGACUAUUUGAACCAAUGCUGUGGCAUUUCUUUGCCUCGUGAGGAAAUCUGCCGUCUUCUUUCUCGUAUGCUGCUUCAAGCUCAGCCUAAUCCUUCUGACGAGAAGACCAUUUUGGUUGACGUCCCAUGUACCAGAGCUGAUAUUCUUCACCAAUGCGAUAUCAUGGAAGAUCUUGGUAUUUCUUACGGUUAUGACAACCUUAAACAUACCUACCCUGACCAAAGUGUCACCUAUGGUAAGCCUUUAGAGGUCAAUCGUUUGUCUGAUAUCGUUCGACAUGAGGCUGCUCUCGCUGGCUGGUCCGAAGUUUUACCUUUCAUUCUUUGCUCUCAUGAUGAGAAUUAUGCUUGGUUACGGAAAUCCGAUGACUCUCGUGCCAUCCAACUAGCCAACCCCAAGACUUUAGAAUUCCAAGUUGUUCGUUCCAGUCUUUUGCCUGGUAUUCUUAAGACUACUCGUGAAAACCGUACUCAUGCCUUGCCCAUAAAAAUAUUUGAAGUCAGCGACGUUGCUUUCAUCGAUGAAACUCAAGAACGCAUGACAAGAAACGAGCGACACUUUUGUGCUAUUCAAGCUGGUUUGAAUUCCGGUUUUGAACAGAUUCACGGCUUGCUCGAUCGUAUGAUGCUUAUGCUCAACGAGAAGCGCAUUUUUAAUCCUAUAGAAUCUGACGCUCGUGGUUAUUGGAUUGUACCUGAUGAUGAUGCUACCUUCUUCCCUGGUCGUUGUGCAGCUGUAUACUAUCGUAAGGAUCCCGGUACUGCUGGUGUGCGUGUGGGUACAUUUGGUGUUGUCCAUCCCCUUGUACUGGAAAAAUUUGAACUGUCCAUUGCAGCAUCUGCUGUUGAAUUGGAUUUGACACUUUGGGUUUAA